AUGACCGUGCAGCCGAGGCAAGAAAAAGCAGCGGGGGAAAGCUAUCUGUUAUGUCACUUCAUCUACAUCUCUUGUCUUCUUUUUAUGCUGUCUUUCUUUUUCCUGUUGUUCUUGCGUAUGAUUUUCAUUCGCUGUAUAAUGAACUACAACUAA